CAAUCUUGAGAGAGGGAGCCAGCAACCAGGGUUGGGUUAAAUCUAACCAGAGAGGUCGAAGCCGCGUAAAGUAAAUGGUUGAACCCCUGCUCCCAGAAAGCGAUAGCAAAGGCUGAAGCGGAAGGAAGGCAGAAAGAGGGAAGAGGGUUUUGUCCUGGUUUUGGUGGCUUGGUGGGACAAAGAAUCGCAUCCGAGACCGAGUCAGAGCUCGAGCGAUUCCCCCAUCUCUCGCUCCGGCGUCGCUCGUCCACUCCUCUUCUUCCCCGUCUGCUGGCCUGGGCCGAUUCCGUUUUCGACGGCCGGGAGUUUCCGAGCUCCUGCUCCGCGGGUUCCGCAGCCGAUUGCGAUUCGGAUCUCAUGAUCUGAUUUUCGUCCAUUUCUCUCCGGGCUUUUGUGAGAUGGCGCCCUAUAUGUAGCAAUUAGCAUCAGGCGGUCUCUGGUAUCUCUCUGCUGGCAUAUCCUUGCCUUGAUUGUGGUUUGCAUUGAUUGUUGAUGGGAUCUGAUUUUGGAUUUACCGAUUGAUGAUACUCGGGUUGCGUUUACUGCAUACACUCGUCGCCACCGGUGUUGCAGCUUGGUGCAAUCUUGGGAGGGAAUUGCUCUUCAGCUGCCACCCCUGUUGCUGGCUGCAAAAGCUCAAGCUCUCCCUCUCUGUUUCAUGUCUCGUGAGUUAGACAGCCCUGUCCAGACUCAGAUGGCUGUGGCUAUUUUCAAGAGCCCUCUUAGCAGGGAGUACCACGGGGCUAACAGAAAUGAGGGGAAGCAACCUACUGGGAGGAGACGGGUUUUUGUGCAGACUGAAACAGGCUGUGUGUUGGGCAUGGAGCUGGAUCGCAGUGACAACGCCCACACUGUCAAAAGGCGGUUGCAGCUCGCUCUCAACUUCCCAAUAGAACAGAGCUCUUUGACUUGUGGGGAUAAGGUACUGAAAAAUGAUCUCAGUGCUGUCCUAAACGAUUCCCCACUUCUCCUUACGCGGAAUUUUCUUCAUAGGAGCUCAUCGACACCUUGUCUUUCACCAACCGGGAGGGAUAUCCAGCAAAGAGAUAAAAGUGGUCCGAUAGAAAUACUUGGCCGGUCAGAUGGCCGGUCAGAUGGCCGGUCAGAUGACCAGUCAGAUGGCCGGUCAGAUCGAUUUGAUAGAAUCAAGCAAUUGGUGAAGGACGUUGUGAAGGCGAUCAAGAUGGGAGUGGAUCCAAUUCCUGUUCAUGGUGGUCUUGGGGGUGCAUACUAUUUCCGAAACAGUAGAGGUGAUUUUGUUGCUAUUGUCAAGCCGACUGAUGAAGAACCAUUUGCCCCCAAUAAUCCUAAAGGCUUUGUCGGCAAAGCUCUAGGACAACCGGGCUUGAAGAGAUCUGUGCGAGUUGGAGAAACAGGGAUCAGAGAGGUUGCAGCUUAUCUUCUGGACUCUGAACAUUUUGCUAAUGUGCCUCCAACUGCUCUGGUGAAGAUAACUCACUCUAUCUUCAAUAUUAAUGAUGGAGUGAAUCCUGACAAGCCAAACAAAAAGAAGAUGGUCAGCAAGAUAGCAUCUUUUCAGCAGUUCAUACCUCAUGAUUUUGAUGCCAGUGAUCAUGGGACCUCAAGCUUCCCUGUUUCUGCUGUGCAUCGAAUUGGAAUAUUAGACAUUAGAAUUUUCAACACAGACAGGCAUGCUGGGAACCUUUUAGUAAGGAAACUUGACAGCAUGGGAAGGUUUGGUCAGGUGGAACUGACUCCUAUCGAUCAUGGCCUUUGCUUGCCAGAAACUUUGGAGGACCCAUACUUUGAGUGGAUUCAUUGGCCUCAGGCUUCAAUUCCUUUUUCCGAGGAUGAAUUGGAGUACAUUAAAAAGCUGGAAUAUCAAGAUGAUUUGAAAAUGCUGCGUAAGGAGCUUCCCAUGAUCCGAGAAGCUUGUCUCCGCGUGCUGACCCUCUGCACCAUUUUCCUGAAGAAAGCUGCUGAAUGUGGCCUCUGUCUUGCUGAAAUCGGUGAAAUGAUGAGCAGAGAAUUUCGCAGUGGUGAGGAAGAACCAAGUGAACUGGAGGUCGUGUGCAUCGAGGCGAGAAGGUCUAUAGCUGAUAGGGAUGUUUUGUUCCCCGAGGCAGACAUGGAUGACGACGAGAUUCAAUUUGAUAUUGACUGUGAGGAUGCUGAAUCAGGCUUCAUGCCAAAGAUGACCUUGGAUGAUUAUAUGUUUAGAUCACCUUUUGAUUCCGGAAUAGGUAGCAAUGGUCGGAAUCCUCUGUCUAGACUGGAGGAAGGAAGUGAGGAGGAAGAAGAGAGCGAAGAUGAAGAAGAGAAGAAGGUGGAGGAUGUUGCUGGGGUCGAGGCAUUUGAGAUGAUUCCCUCAGUUUCGAAACUUUCCAUGUCCCUUAAAAACACUGUCUUGGGUAAGAAGGGUCCAAAGCAACCCAAAUAUUCUGGUAUGAUGCAGGAAAAUGGCUCCAUGACUAAUACAUCAUCUGGGCACAGAAGUGCAAAUGAGCAGCUUCCUGCAAGCGUGAGCUUUGUGAAUCUCGCAGAUAUGAGUGGCGAUGAAUGGCAUCUGUUCCUUGGGAGGUUCCAGGAGCUGCUGCAUCCAGCAUUCGAUAACAGGAAGUCUGCCACCUUAGGCCAGAGGCAGAGGCAGAGGCUUGGGACUUCUUGCCAGUUUUGAGAAAGUUAGUAAUAUGUCCCGAUGGAACAGAAUCUUUUCCAGGACGUAGGUUUGUGGAAGUGGAGGGUUGUCAGUAGGAUUAGAUUGCUUUGUGAUCUCCAUGAGUGGGUUUAGUUUGAGCAUCAGUAGGAUGAGCUGCUGUAAAUAUCCUUGGCAUCGGCUAAGUGCAAGCUGAGUAGAUUGGUUGUAUUUUUUUCUUCUGAGUUCGUUUUCUUGAUUCCAACCCUUACUCAUGGACUUUGUCGGAUAAAUAAUUUGUUGAAUGAAUAUAAGAAAAAGAUGUUAUGUAAAUUUAAUGGGCGCUUUUCUUGA